AUGGUGAGAUGGAAUGAAGAAGACACAGUCAUUGACAACAAUACUUCCAUAGAAGUCGUCCAAGCACCCCAAAAUGUUGAAGCUAGAAAAUUGUUCCAUUUCGCAAAGAUGAAUGCGUGGGAUGACCUAAUUGGAUGUUUGCCAUCCUAUUCCGAAGACACCAUCCGUCAUGCUUGCGAUGAGGCAGCUGGUGAUGAGAAAGCAUCACUGUUGCAUGUGGUUCUAAGUAGUGACUCGGUUCCAGUGCAUGUUAUCAGGGCAAUAUUGGAUUCCACUGGCAAUCCAGCAAGCAUGGUCAGUGAGACAAACGUUUUGAAGCAAACCCCUCUCCAUACUGCUGUUCAUUUCAUUCCAGAGCGAGCAGAUAUCAUCGAGUGUCUUGUACGAGUAGCACCAGCGAUAAUAGGCUAUCGUGAUCAUCUGAACUUAAGGCCAAUCGAUAUUCUGUUACAGAAGAUUAUCAUGACUGAGGAGGUAGUCAAGUAUGUCAACAACACUGGAGUAGCUCUACUGGAUGAACUCUGGGAGACUGCGUCUAUACUGGCUCGAUAUGCCAACUCAAAAAAAUCACAACCACAAUUUCAGCCAACUCUACAUUCAUGCUUAAGAAUAUUUGAUUUUCCAUUCGCCUUGAAAGAGAGGGCGCUGAAAAGAUAUUAUCAACAACUCACUGUGGUAGACGCGACAGGCGACCUCCCAUUGCAUGUAAUUGCGAGACAAACUCCUCCGGCAGAAGGCGGAGUAGACGAAGACUACGAGCUUGACUUUCUAAACAGGGUUUUGACGCUUUGUCCUGCUGCUGCAGCACAAUGGAACAAUGAACAUCACACUCCGUUGUACGUCGCCAUUAAAAGCGGUCGCAAAUGGAGUUCCGGCGUUCGACGACUACUAGACGCCAACCCAGCUGCCAUCGGAAACGUGCAGCUUCCUAGAGCAUUGUUUCCUUACCUUCUUGCGAGGCUGAAACCGUCGACGCUCUAUGGAGUUAUUGUGGCGCAACCAGAGUUGCUCCGUUGA